AUGACCCCAGAAGUUCGCACCAAGCGGUUGACCAAACGUUUUCUGGUGAGGUGGGCCUUCAAUUUGACGCAGCAUAUCAAGCUGCCAGAUCACAAGGCCUUCGCAUCACUGCGCGAGAAAUACACGGCGGCGCCUGCGCGCGCUCCGCCGCGGGUGCAGCUGGGAGAUACACUUUCCACAGAUGUAUUUUGGACAGGGAGCUGGUCCGCCGGCUGGGCGAGAAACUGGACGAAGUACUGGCUGCCAGCAGAGAGCUUCGGGGGUCAGGGCCGUUUGGGCACCUCUGCCAUGGAGGACUUUGCCGUGGCGGAGGCCUUGGCAGCUCUGCACCGCGCUGGGCUGGUGUCGGGCGUAGCAGCGGCGUUGCUGGUGCUACGAAGUGCCAGCAACUUCAUGGAGCCCCCAGCGAAGCAAAGCCCGGUCGCCUACAUGGACUUCUUUCUCAACGAAGCCUGUGAAGCAGCCUAUCUGGUGGGACUGCCGGUGGUGAAGGAACUGCUUCAGCGUCCAGGUGCCUGGCUUCGCCCCAUCUACGCGCGGAGUGGCCUUGAAGGCUUGCCCUAUGUCAUCAUCAGCGCGUUGGUCGCAGAAAAGAGGUCCUCAUCGAAAUGCCUAGCCCACCGGUCCAACGUGGUACUCAUGGCGUGCGAUACUUCGUGGGAUGAGGAUCCUCGACGUGUCGGAGCAGUGCUCUUGGAAGCGAGGCAAGAGUUCCAGGAGCUCACUACACGGAUACUCCAGAGGCUCCAGGCGGCGCUCGCCGAGGAGCUGGCACGCGCCAAGGCCGAGUUGGCACGUGAGGUUCAAGAGGAGCUCAGAGCCAGUGUGACUCGUGACGGAAUGUCGGAGUCGUUUUGGGAGGAGGCCGCAGGCCCAUCCGCAGCGCGACAGCUAGCUUGUACAGAAGCGUCGGCUGCGUGA